CCGACUUCAAAUCCUUUGGAAAAAAAAAAGAACUACUGCAAAUCGAGGGAGGAGAGAGAAAGAGCCGCCACCGUCGCCGCGCGAGCUCAACCUUGUCGGGAGACCGUCCGUCGCGAGCCCAGCAGUCGUCGAUCUUUUAGGUUGUCGCCGCCCAAAUUCCUCCGUGGAAAACCUGAAUAUUCGUCGCCCAGAUCUCUCCGAGCCUCCCGCCGGUUCAAUACCAGACCGUCGCCGCCUCCCAUCCACACAAUAUCCUCCCAAGGCUGCUACGCACUUGCACAAUUACCUCGUAUAUGGAAAACCAGGGACAAGUUAACUUGUGCAUUUGCUUGUUCGUUGGGAUUUCUCUGAUGGGCUUCUCUGUUUUUGGAUUCUGCAUAGAUUCCUCAUCAUUUCCAAGCAAGGGUGGAACAAGUGAACAAAAUCUUGAUCUGGAGAACUCAAAGAGCGGCUCCUUUGGUUAUUCGACGUAUAUUAUGCAAUCCUACUUUGAAAAAUAUGAAUGCCUGGAUGAUUCACGUUAUAAAGAUUUUGUGGCACAAGAACUUCCCCUUGGCUUGUGUGAUGCUCCCGCAGAUAAUCUGAAUCUUGCGCCAGGGCUGUCAGUUUUAGAGCGCAAACUGAUUGGUGAAGGUUCUCAUCGUCAUCUCUCCUCGUCUAUUAGAAUUAGCAUCCAACCUAGGUCCAUAUAUGAGCUGUCUCAUUGCAAUUGUGGGGUCAUACUUAUUGAGAGGCUGCCUUGUGGAGUCUUCGCUGACCCAUUCGAGCUUCAGCAUCUCCUUCACCGUGGUGUUUUAAAUGAUAUUGCUGUAUUUGGAGAUACAAAUUUGGAAUCACCCUCUUUCCUUUCAAACCGUUCUGCUGUUGAGGUUCACAUGGACGUUGGUUGCAAUUUUUUAAGGCAAAAGACCGAGAUUGACAUCAAGUUAGAUAUUCCACUACAUGCAAGAUACCAGCCUCUAAAUGAAACCGGCUAUUCAGAAGUCAGAUUUGGCGCAUCUGAUUUAUUCCUGCGCUGCAGUGUCGCAAGAAAGUUGCAUAAUCAGAGCUGCUUGUAUAUGAUAGAAAAUGAUGGUGAAUUGCAUUAUGGCAUCAUUGUCUGGAAAAUACCUUCCGGGAAAAAGGCACACGCUGGAGUUGUAUAUGUUUUUACUUUUAUUUCAGCCUCUUUUGCGGUUCUUCUAAUUGUUUUGACAUCCAUAUGCCAUUCAAACAUCAGCAGGUGCAAAAGUUUGAAACAAUCUUAAGCUAUCAAACAGUUUUCCACUUGCUUGACUAGUUUGCUUGUGAUGUGUGUAAGAAUCAAGUGUUCCUUGGUUGGAAAAAAAAAAGCACUUAGUGCCCUUAAUGAUGGAGGAUUCAAUCCUAGCUCGGGAUGAAUGUUGGCGGCAUGCUAAACACGGAAGUAGGAUGAGCAUGAUGUUUUCAGUGGCGGACGUCGAGUAAAGCCUUGAGAACCUGCCCUUGGAAGAGGACGAUAGCUGGAAAUGGCUGCUAAUCAUAAGAGCAUCACUAGUCUUACUCUAGCCGUUGAUGCAUUGCUAGGCAGAGAUAGCCAAUCCCACUCUCUCAACUGUUGCAAUGUCCUUCCUGGCAUUGUAGGUAUUGCAUAUUAAAAAAAAAACAAAAAAAACAAAAAACAAAAAACAAAAAAAACAAUGAAAAUUGGAAGUAGGAGUUUAUAAAUGCCGUCCACUGAAUCCUACAAAAGCACUUGGAAGCAACACACCUAUAUUUUCCUGUUGGGAUAUUUAUAUAUUUAUACCAUGUGUUUUAGGUUUAUUCAAAA